GGGUGCGUGUCUGAUUGGAUAAAAUUGCGUUUGAUGGCGUCUCUUUCUUCAGCCAAUCACGAUCGCAGCGGAGUCUUGACGUGAAGCAGCGAAGAUAUGUGGGUGGAUUGUUGUUGAGAUAUGAUGGCAGAUUCAAAUUUGUGUAUACUGUGUGGCAGAAAAUUUACAGCUAGAAAGAAUUUGUUUGCACACUAUAGAGGGGUACAUAAAUUACAGCCACAUACGAGGGCUACGAUUCGAUGUCCCAAGGAAGGCUGCAGGUUUUCCUGUAACUUUUUGGCUAAUUUGAGAAUACAUGUAGAGCAAGAGCACAAUACUCCGAUGGUGAAAGAAGUACUUCUGUUCGAAUCACCGGAAGAGUUUCAGGAGUGGAAGACCAAAGAAGAGAAGGAAACCAAAAGCAGCUUUGUACAACACUGUGGUGCUAAGCGCACAAAAGGUGGCACUGAAAGGAUCACUUUUGUUUGUCACAGAAGUGGGAAGUUUCAGUCUUCAUCCACAGGCAAAAGGUUGCUGAAAUCACAAGGCAGUAUCAAGUUAGGAAGCCACUGUACUGCUGCUAUUGAGCUCCACAGAGAAGAAAGUGGUGAUUGUACUGUUGUUUAUUUCAAAACGCACUUUGGCCAUGAACAGCAUAUAGGCUUACUGCAGCUUAGUAGAUCUGAUAGGGAAGCCAUUGCACGUCAAAUUGCUAAGGGCGUGCAUUUCGAAAAAAUUUUGGAUGAUGUGAAGAGCUCCAUCCAUUCCGGAGAACCGGAGAGGCUGCACCUUAUUACUCGUCGCGACCUCCAUAACAUAAAGAGAGAUUUUGGGAUUGGUGGCACUCGGCAACAGGACAUUGAUGAAGUGAAUGGACAAAAUGAAAGACCGGACACAAAUUCUUCUCAGUUGAGGAGACUGGAAUACAAAUUACAGCUUUUGAGACGCCGUAUCAGCUCAGGUAUGAUGUCCAGAGAAACAAAGUGUAAAGUGGAAAAAGAAGUCGAUCGUUUGCUUUCACUUACUCAGUCGGACUUCAGCAGGGAAGUUCCGCAUUCCCACAAUAGUAAAAAAUUGAAAGUGCUACGAAUAUCUGAGAAGUCUAAUAUCAACAGUGAAGUUCCGCAUUCCCUCAGAAACGAAAAGUUGAAAGUGUUACAGACACCAGAUAAGCCCAACAUCCAUAGGAAAGUUCCACACUGCUUCAACAAAGAAAAGCUGGAAGUCCUACCAAUACCUAUCAAGCCUAAGACAUUUCCAAGGAGCAUUUUUGUGGUUCCGGCCCAUAUUGAGAAGCCAAAUAGUGUAAUUGUGAAGGAGAAACCAAAUAGUGAAGUUAAGACUGUGCAUGUUGGUUUUGAUCACACGUACUGUCAGAGCUAGUUAGUGUGUGUGUGUGUGUGUGUGUGUGUGUGUGUGUGUGUUUUUCAUAUAGUUUAUUGCCUACUGGAAACAUGCCAUUUAAAAAUAGAGCAAUGUAUCUGGCUUGGUACAUCUGUGGUGAUAUGGAAAAUCAAGUGUUGUUAACCCUCUAUUGCAUGACUUUUUUUUAGGGAUCCAAUUUCAAUGAAAACCAUAUCUGGGGGUAGGGUCUGACACACAAAAUACUGCGUAACAGGUAAAACAGAGAAAUUUUGAUUUAUUCAAUAUUUUAUGAUUGUUGCCAUAUGGCAACACCAUGCUUAUGUCAACACACUUCCCAGAAGACUCUCAACACUGUUAUUUACAUAUAUGUGUAAAAUUACUUAGGAAAGGUACACAAAUGUGCUUCUAUGUACAUUUAUGAAUAUUUUUUGGUGAAAAACUGUUACUUUCCUGUUUUUUAAAAAAAUAUUUUGUCACGUAUUCAACAGUUUGAUAACUCAUUUCAUCACUCAGAGUGAAAUUUUAAAAAACAGUUCUUAUUUGCAGUGAAAUAUAAAUGCAUCUCGGAAUUCAAACACUUCACUUUAACAAUUCCAUUGCAAGAUGGAACUUUGUACCUUGCUUUGAUAUCUAUAAUAAGCAAAAGUCCUAUGCCACCUAGUCCCAUAUCUUUUUCAGGCAGCGCAGCUGUUGGUCCUUUCUUCUUCUUCUUUGCCUUGUAGGCUCUCUCAAUGGAAUUACUUACAGGUCUUCCUUGCCUUCUUGCCUCACUUUUUCCACGGAACAACAAACCUCUAUCUAUGGCCUUCUUGAAAUCUGCUAAAGUGAGUUUGCUUUUUCAAUGCAAUCCACUUGAUAGUUCACUUCUUCUGUAAAGAAACCAAGCAUUCUCUACCAUCAGGUCUAGAAUAUGAAAAAAUAUUCUGUGGUACCAUUUUUUGGAAUGUAUCUGGAUCCUGUACAAUGCUAGAAGUGAAUCCACAUGAUCUGAUUAUACUCUACUACUGCCCUGGGGCAAGGCACCUAGACUGACUUCUUCAACUUCUUGUCAAAUUUUUCUUCUUCAAUCAUUGGAUUUGCUCCCACAAAAUUGCUGAGUAAUGUCACAAAUCUGUUGUCAUGCCACUUCUUUGCAGCAGAAUACUGCAUAUUUCCUAUGGAACACUGCUUUCAUCCAUUGCAUUUCUUCCAGGUCUCUUCAUUUUCUUAUCAGAGUUGAACACACAUCUUUUUAGACGAUUGGAACAAACGGUGCCUAGGCUGUAGAUUCCUCUUUCUGCCAGUUUCACUUACACAUCUACAGAACCAGAUGUCAAAAAAAAAAAAAAAAAAAAAAAAAAAAAAAAAAAUACAAUUUUUGUGUUCAGGUAUUACACUAGCUAGCCUUAGCACAACAUUUCAGCUGGCUCCUGUAACAGGAAGAUAUUCAUUUUGGUUUGUUCUGCCAGUAUACAGUUCAAAGUUGUAUACUAAACCAUUCACACCAGGUAGUACAAACAUUUUGUAGCCCCAUUUCUUUGGAUUUUUUGGAUUGUACUGUUUCAUUGAAUGAUGCCCUUUGAAUGGCAUAAUCUGCCCGUCAAGGCUGAAUUUUUCCAGUUUCAGUAGCACUUUACACUAAGAAAGAGUAUGGUCAAUAAGGCUCUCCUUUAGGUAUUGUACUCAAAUUAUUAGCAAAAUGUAUGUCACUUUUUAUUUGCUCAAAGUGAGUUAUACGCAUUGUCAGCAACAAUGGGAACUCUAGUCUCAGGAUUCCAGUAAUUUCUAGUAGAAGGGAGUCUAAUCACAGACAUAGAGAACACUAUUCCUAUCCAAAUUUCUAAUUUUUGUGUGUCAUGUUUCAGCCCUUCUGCAUAUUUUAUUUUUUUUAUUUUUGGUGGAUAGUGACUCCUCAACAAUAAUGUCCAACAUUUUGCUUCCAAGAAAUAUGAAACUAUUCUUUUGUGCUGCAUAUAUGAAAGGGGAUGUCAAGUGUACCAGUCCAUUCUAGCAUGACUAGUACUUUCCGGCAUUUCUUCCAACUACACACAUGUUUAGGCCUUUGCUUUUGGAGCACUAUUUUCAUGUUUAGGCCUUUGCUUUUGGAGCACUAUUUUCUUCUGCUGCUACAAUGUCGUUUUGAUGUAGCACAUUGUUUUCGUCAUGUUCUUCCUCUUCUUGUUCCGUUUCCUCUUACUCUUGUUCUCCUUCACUGUCAUAGUCUCAGAAAUGGCUAUACCACGUCCAGCACUUUCAUCCUCUGAAUCAUCUGCAAAUACUUCUUCACUGUUGGUGUUACCCAAUUUUGAAUCGUCACUUUCUUCAGGAAUAUUCCUAAUUGCCGCUGAAUGUCUGCCACCGUAAAAGCAUGAAGCUGGAAUUGAUGCCAUGUCUACAAAAUAAAAGUAAUUAACAGCAUUGUACUGAAUCCACCCAUGUUGAAAAAGGUUAUGUUUACAUUGGCAAGAUAAUAGUGCUCACAUAUUGCAACAAACUGAAAAUAUUGAGUAAUUAUUUAUCAUUCAGUUAAAUAGGCAUUGAAUCAUUAUCUGUGCUAUUAUUAAGCGUCAUUUUACAUACCUUAAAAAUAUAAUUUUUUUAAGUGUUAUCUAAAUGGCAGAAAUAAUUUACUUUUUCUGCUGUUGUAGCAUGUGUUUACAUAUAGUGGACCUCCAGCAAUGACUAUAGACCAUCAGCAUUUUCUGCCAAUAUAACACUGCUAAACACAGUCUACUUUGACUCAGUCAGACUGUGUGCUGCUAUAAGGCAACGCCAUACAUAUACAAGCAGUUUCUGUAACAUUAUACGUAAAUUUAUAGUUCGUUGCCAUAUGGCAACACUGUGCAGUAGAGGGUUAAUAUAGGAAACAAAUUAGUCCUGUUAUUUUUGCAUAUGGUGCAAGAGCUUUAAUUUGAUUAUUUUUAUAUAUGAAUUGGAGUGUGUCCCUUGCAGCAAAUGAUGGAAAGUUUGUUUGGUUAUAAUUCCUUUAAUAGAGGGAAGACCAGUGUAAUUUAGUAUGGAAUCAGUCUUCCUAGUUUUUUAUUUUUGUUUAUUUUUUUAUUAUAAAAAACUAUGUAUCAUGGUUUGCCCAGGUAGAAACCAGAGGCAUUUUUGUAAGGUCAGUUAAAAUUUAUUUGUAUCUCAUUAUUUAUCUUAACAAUGCCAAAUGGGUGCGAUAACUUCUGGUCGGCCUGUGUAUAAAUGUACAAAAACUGAGUGCAAAAAGUUUUAUUUCAUGUGUAACUGAGUUGUAAAUAAGAAGAGCAGAUUGUAAAACUGAAUGUCAAAGUGAUUAAUAGUCUGUUAAUGUACCCUGAGAGAAAGAAAACAUGCCAUAAAAAUAACAUGUAAUUUGUAAUAAAAUGAAUAAUUUUAAAAAUGAAAAUGUGAAACUUUCCAGAAAUAUUUCACCUUUUCCUUUCUCAAACUUAUUUUUGCUUUACCAGGGAAUAAGUAAAACCAUGGUUGCUUAAAUUAA